CUAUGGGUUCAAGUGUCGUGCACUCGUGCAUGCUUGUGUUCUCUCUGUAACUCUAUUCUCUUCUUUAAUCUUCUCUGCUUUGCCUAUGUGCAUGCACAUCUUUUUCUGUCUCUAGAUAUACUACCUCUUCUGCUCAACCCGUUUAGUCUUCUUCAGGAAUCAUCCACUUUACCAGAACCUUCCGGCCGCCGCCAUUCUGCCGUUUACUUCCGUUGACCCUUCAGAUUCUGGUCAAUAUGCCAUGGGACACCAAAAUGAGAUCGGUAUUCGGUGAAGCUUGCCGUGUUACGUUACAUUUAACAGAUUGAACGAGAUAAUACAGUGUCUUUCUGCUUCAAAGGGUUGAUUUUUGGGAGAAUGGUGUCAAAGCUUUGCAUGAACGAGUACUGUCGCUCAACGACGUCGUUUCAAUGGAAGGAAGGUUGGGGCUUGAAAUCAGGUGGAUUUGCUGCGCUCUGUUACAAAUGCGGAUCUGCAUAUGAAAAGGUAGCUUUUUGCGAGACAUUCCACUCGGAUGAAUCUGGCUGGAGGGAAUGCAGAAUGUGUAGAAAGCGUAUUCACUGUGGGUGCAUCAUGUCAAAAUAUCUGUUUGAAUACAUGGACUUUGGAGGCAUAGGGUGUUUGAGCUGUACAAGGUGUUUGGGAGGUCACACUAUAUUUCCAGUACAGAUACCCAAUGAGGAUCCUCCUAGUGGUAUAUUCGCCGUGAAGAACAGUGCAGAUACACAUACUCUUCUUGUUGAAAAUAGAACAGAUCAAACCAUUUUUGAAAACGGAAGGCUUCUGCAAUUUAGAAACAGUACAGAGGCAUCUGAAAAUGACAAAAUUAAACAAGAGGAAUCAAUAAUUCCUGCCAUGGAUGUCAGCAGGUUGUGCUUUUCAAAUCUUAACCAGGAAUCUCCCAAAACUUCUUUACUUGAAAAGGCAGAAAGUUGCAUACCGAAUACGACUCUUAAGGAUCAGCUAUCUCUAAAUUUCUUUUUGACCACUCCCAUGGGCAAUUCAGGCUCUGUACUACCUUUUUCUUCUGGGGUUUCUCCAUUCCAACAAGGGCAGACAUCACACAAUAUCUUUCCAAAGGCACUCAAAGCUAGCUCAAGUUCGGGGUUUGAAUCAAAAUGUGAAAUAUCUACACUGACACAUGUUGCAAGGCCAUCAUCUGAAGGGAGGAGCAGUAGGAAUCAAUUCCUGCCUAGAUAUUGGCCCAGGAUUACAGACCAAGAAUUGCAGAAACUAUCUGGAGACUUGAAAUCCACUAUAGUGCCUUUGUUCGAAAAGGUUUUGAGUGCCAGUGAUGCUGGUCGGAUUGGUCGUUUGGUCAUCCCCAAAGCAUGUGCUGAAGCAUAUUUUCCAUAUAUCACCCAGUACGAAGGAAUACCCAUAAGGGUGCAGGACGUAAAAGGGAAAGAGUGGGUAUUUCAGUUCAGAUUUUGGCCCAAUAACAACAGUAGGAUGUAUGUUCUGGAGGGCGUUACACCCUGUAUACAGAAUAUGCAAUUACAAGCUGGUGACACAGUUACUUUCAGUAGAAUAGAUCCUGGCAGGAAACUAUUUAUGGGCUUCCGGAAGGCAGUAAAUUAUGCUGAAACGCAGGAUUCUCAAAAUGCAACCAUUGCCAAUGGUGAAUGUUCUCCUGAAUGUCCAGAUUCUGCUCCCACUGAAAACUGUACCACAAAUGGAGGAAAAGAAACCGAUGAUUCCUUGCAAAUAAAUGUGCUCGUUCCCGAAAAGAAAGUUAAGAAAAUAGGGUGCAAAAAUAAGAGGCUCUUGCUACACAAUGAAGAUGCUACAAAGCUGAAGAUGACUUGGGAAGAAGCUCGGGAUUUGCUCCGCCCACCUCCAAAUGUUAAUCCAACCAUAGUUGUGAUUGAGGACUGCGAAUUUGAAGAAUAUGAUGAUCUGUUAACGAUGCAGAUUAUUGGUAAAGGACAUGAGUCAGCUGGUCUAUAUAUUUUGGAUACAUCCAUCACCAAAGGAUGACUAUUCCCGAGUCCACACUUUCGACAAAUAUUCCACAAGUUACUGUUCAUGACCCUAGGCCUCCCGUACAUUUGGUAUACACCCGUCGACACAAAGCACCUGAUCACCCUCCACCGGCGAUACCUGUGAUUACUUUUCUUGAUACUAGUUCGACUCCGAUCUCAUGUCCUGAACCAGUAUCUGCAUCUUCAGAUCUUGUUUCCACAUCAGAUCUUGAUCUCCCAAUAGCAGUACGUAAAGGUAUUUUGGCUCUUAAGAAUUUUCUUCAUAGCCAAUUCCAAACGAAAGAUCUAGGCUCAUUGAAAUACUUUUUGGGUAUUGAGGUAACACGGAACAAGAAAGGCAUAUUUCUAUCUCAACGCAAAUAUGUACUUGACUUGCUAGCUGAAACAGGGAAAUUAGGGGCAAAGCCGAGCAAUACUCCUAUGAUUCCUAAUGUACAACUCACUCACGAAGGUGUGUCGUUCGAAGAUCCAGAGAGAUAGAGAAGAUUGGUUGGAAAACUUAAUUAUCUCGCAGUUACCCGUCCAGAUAUUGCAUACUCAGUGAGUCAGUAUAUGUCAUCUCCCACAGUUGAUCACUGGAACGCUGUCGAACAUAUAUUAUGUUACUUGAAGGGGACACCAGGAUAAGGUAUUGUUUAUCAAAAUCAUGAUCACAUGAGAAUAGAAUGCUUUGCAGAUGCUGAAUGGGCUGGAUCUAAAGAUGAUAGAAGAUCUACAUCUGGCUAUUGCGUCUUUGUUGGUGGUAAAUCUUGUCUCCUGGAAAAGUAAGAAGCAGAAUGUGGUUUCUCGAUCUAGUGCCGAAUCAGAAUAUCGUGCUAUGGCACAAUCAGCAUGUGAGAUAAUCUGGAUAAAUCAUUUAUUGAGUGAAAUUGGAUUGAAGACACCAAUGCCUGCUAAACUGUGGUGUGAUAACCAAGCUGCUAUACAUAUUGCCAUCAACCCAGUGUUUCAUGAGAGAACAAAACAUAUUGAGGUCGAUUGUCAUUUUAUUCGAGAGAAGAUACAAAAAGGAUUGAUCUCUACAGGAUAUGUCAAGAUUGGGGAAUUCUUCACUAAAGCACUAAAUGGAAUUCGAGUUGUUUAUUUAUGUAACAAGUUGGGCAUGAUAAGUAUCUAUGCUCCAACUUGAGGGGGAGUGUGAAAGUAUAUUAGAAUAUACUUUAAAAUAUGCUUUAGAAUAUAUUAGGAAUAUACCAUAGAUAUUAUUAUUGUAUAGAAUCUUAUAUAGGUAUAUUCUAUUUGUAAUGUAUAUUUAUAGGGACUUCCACAACUAAUGAAAUACAGAAAAUCUUUCCUCCACUUUUCAAUAUUAUUCUACUCCCUCCGUCCCGUUGGAAUGUUCCCGUUCGGUUUACGAUGCUUGACUGACCAUAAAGCAACUCGAUCCCUGUUCACACUCCGCUUAUUUUUAGUAAAUAAAAUUUACAUAUUCAGAAACUACAUUAAAACCGCUACAAAGUCUGAUCAAGAAAAGUUCAAUUUGAUAAAAAUUUGAUAUAUAAAGUAAAAGAUUAGGAGUGACCUAAGUUGACCAAUGAAUAGUGAACAGGAACAUUCCAACGGGACGGAGGGAGUAGUUUAUAUUUCAACCGUUCUUAAUUUUAAAAAAAAUCGUAUCUUUAGAGUUUAGAUUUCUUAGUCUCUAUACAAAACACACUUUUAGAUGAUUAGAUUGGAAACAUAUAUACACAUUCUAAUCAUUGUCCUCUUAAUAGCGUUCCUGUCGGAAAGUUAAUGUAUAUAAAGAAUGAAUUAGUUUCAGCCAGUUUCACUGCUUGCGAUGUAUGUUCCUUAACUUGCCCCCUCUUUUUGAGGGGGAAUACACCUUAUAAUUUCGGCAGAGAAGUAUCUUAUGUAGGGAGCAGGAACAGUGGGCCCAAUGUGAUAGUUGCUCCAAAUGGCGUAGGCUGCCUACACAUGUUUUCCUUCCAGCAAACUGGACUUGUUCAGACAAUACUUGGGACUCAAAUAGAUGUUCGUGUUCUGCCCCAAGUGAGAUGAAUCAAAAACAACUUGAUUCAUUCCUUAGAGCUUGCAACAAUGGAGAAACCAAGAGACGGAGAGUCCCGGAAAGCAGCAAUGAUUGUGAGCCUUAUGCCGGCCUAGAUGCGUUAGCCUGUAUUGCAGUGUUGGGAGAUGACAGCAUUGGAGGUGGUGGUGACUUGGGGGCUAGCGAGCCUUCUACAACAAAGCAUCCUCGGCACCGGCCUGGUUGCACUUGCAUCGUUUGCAUCCAACCACCCAGCGGGAAGGGCAAACAUGAUCCCACCUGUAAAUGUAUUGUUUGCUUGACCGUCAAACGCCGGUUUAGGACUCUCAUGCUGCGUAAGAAGAAAAAAUCUGAACGUGAAGCAGAUAUUGUGCAAGAGAAGGACAAAACUCUUCCAGAGAUUGAUGUUUCUAAUGAUGGACCCAGUUUGGUGCAACAUACGUGUUAUCCAGAGAAUGAUGACUAUCCAAACGGAGAUGGUGGCAUUAGCAAGGGGCAGUUGGACUUGAACUGCCAUCCUAAUGAGAGGCAGGCAGCUGAAGGGUAGGGCAACACACAAACAUAUAAUAUAUUACUAUGCAUGUGUUUAUAUAUUCUUUCUAUCGAUUUGUGCAGGGUAUGCACAUUCCUUUUGUUUUCGUUGGGUUUCGUGGUCUUGUAUGAAAGUUUACAACAUUGUAUACUCUGCGAUGCACAACAUUUGGUCCAACACACAGCCUCUAUUUGUGUUAAAUUUUCUAGGUAGGAUUGCCUUCAUUGUAUUGUACAUGGGAAGUUGCUAACAUUGGAUCAGUUUUGUCUUCCACCACGUGCUCGUUAUGAGAAAUCUUAUACUACCUCCGUCCCGC